AUGCCGCAGGACAUGCCGCCCGUCGGUGGCUACGACCCAGUUCAGUUCAAGCGCAACCUUCCCAGCAGCCGCUUCCGCCCAGGGACGCUGCUCGCAAUCGGCGGCACCAUCAUGGUUUACGGCUGGUGGAGGCUGAUCAUUGGCAUCCGGGAACAAAACGAACUCGGCCGCGAGAAGAUGUGGAGCCGCAUCCACUUGAUCCCGGCCCUCCAGGCCGAGGAGGACCGCGACCUUGUCCGGCGGCAUCUGGCCGACCAGGCGCGCGAGAAGGCGCUCCUGGGCGAGAACAUCAAGGUGUACAACUCGGAUCGAUAUGUCCGCCCCACGUACGCCGUCACUCCGGGGUACACCACGAAAUAG